AUAGACAACAACUUUCCGACUCACUUUAGCGGGAUCUUCGUUGUUGAUGUGAAUCACCUCUGCUUUUCUUCAAUGAAAUGGUGAGACUUGAAGCAUGCCGGCGUGAAAUCUUUGGGUGAAAAUACGGCAUUUCUUAAAAGACUGAAAGGCAAGGGCACUUGUUUUUAUUUUGUAGUGCAUUGGCAGACUUGGAGUACUCCUCGGCUGCAAAGCUCCCGCUGCAGUAGAGGUGAUCCUUGUCUUUACCACCGAGCCACUACAAGUUUGAGAUGAACACUGACCAGAGGCAGUAUCUUCUUGCUGUAGCUCUCUCACCAAGAGAUAUUUUCGAGUUGAAGUUUAAGGUGAAAUGUCUCAAACUUUCCACACUAUCAGCUCAUCAGAUGAGAAUUCAAAUGAGAGCUUACCUGAUCUUGAGACCCGUAUACUCAACAAAUUAAAAACAAAAGUCAAACAAACUCCAGUAGCUGUUCAUACUUUGAGUGAUAGUUGAUGAGGACGAUGAAGUAUGCAAAAACGAAAAUGUUUUCCGAGGUAAAAUCAGUGUCAAAACUUUGAUGUCUGAUGACGGUCUUGACAUCCUUCAGUGCUCCAGAAAAUCGCAAUCUUGUUUACCAAAAACACUUGAAGUUUCCUUCACUUGAAACAGGAAAGCGAGCGAGUACAGAUCCUUUUGAAGAAGAGCUGCCAGAUAUUCAAAACUUCACUCAACUUUCAGGAAAGCAAAAGAGUGCAGACCCUUUUGAGGAAGAGCUGCCUGAUAUUCAAAAUUUCACUCUUCUUUCAAAAGGUUUAGAUCAUGAAGAUGAAGAGAUCAAAAUGGUUGAAUCUCCUGUUGUUACAAAGAGAAAACUAAAAUCGUAUGAGGUUAGGGAAGAGAAAGAAGCUAAACGCAAGGAGCGGGAGGCUUUGAAACAGAAGCGAGCAUUAGAGAAAGCAGAAGCAAAAGCGCAAAGGGAGGCAGAAAGAACAUCACGUAAAGCAAUGAAACCAGGAGAGUGUUUGAAGUAUAUCAAAGUUCAACUAGAUCGUCAUUUACUGGAGCUACCUGAGGGAAGUCAAGUUUUGAGUCACCUUCAAACUGCAGAUCUUCGAUAUGAGGUUGUAGAUUCUCUUGUCCCUUAUGUAGCCAGUUUUGUAAGGAUUGAUCCACUUUCUUUGCAGGAAACGUUAGCUGAAGAUGCUGUUAUAAUUGUACCAUUGAAAGACUUCAUAGAACUUGUUGAUAGGCAAGUGUUUCAUAAUGGGGUAGCAGGUCUCUGUGAAAAGUGCAAGGAGUGGAAGAGAGGACUUUCAGUCCCAAGACUUACUCUUGUAGUAGCAGGUGUCCAGACAUACUUAAGAGGUAGGAGAACAAAUAAGCAGCAAGAUUUUCGCGCUGCUGUUUUAGGAGAAGCAGCCCAGCCCAAGAGGAAGAAAAAGAAACAGUGUUCAAAUGGCAUUGAGUCUGAUGUACACAGGGUUGAUAUUGAAACUGCUCUUGUAAUGGCACAGUUAGAAUGUGGAAUAAAUCACCGUUUGAUCUCUGAUGCCGAGAAGGUUGCUUCCUUCAUAAGUCAAGUUGCUAAGGCUUUAGCUGAAGCUCCAUACAAGCGAGAAAAAGAAGAUGCCACCUUUUCUUGGUUUGCUGAAGGAAGCAGCAUAAACACUGUUAAAGUGGAUAAGGCAGGUGUUGGAUUGUUAAAGCUCUGGCGACAACAGCUGCAGCAGUUCAUCAAUGUAGGCAAUGAGGUUGCACAGGCAAUUGUGAGGGAAUAUCCAUCACCUCAAGCUCUGGUUCAAGCUUACAGGCAUUCUACUUCAGAAAAAGAAGCAUCCCACUUGCUUGCUGAUAUUCCUGUGAGACGAGGCAUAGGGCCACUUGAAUCUACUCGACGUAUAGGACCAGAGCUGUCAAAGAAGAUACAUUUAUUUUUUACUUGUACAGAUCCAGUGUGA